UCGUGUGCAGUGGUGAGCGGAGGGUGUACGUGAAGUUGUGGGCGUUGGGGAUUUCGGUGCUGUCACAUUGUAAUCUUGAGUACGUCACAGUGCUUGGUGUGUGUGUGUGCGCCGCGGUCAAAGUACGGUGGUGUGUGUGCGAGUGCAUUGGACGACCGCUGUGGAUGUAAUACUUCACGCCGCAGUUUUCCCACCCGUCUCUGAAAUGAACAUGCGCGGCUGCGGGGCGUGAUGGUGGGCGUGCCUGGCGGAGGAGGUGCUGGUGGAGGUGUGGGUGUGGGGGAGGGCGUGGGGGUGGGCGGGGGUGAGGGUGAGGCACUGAGGCGGGCGGCGGCUGAAGGAAACACCGGGAGACUUUUGGCACUGAUUGAAGAAGGCGCGUCCGUCAACAAGGCUGAUGAGUGUGGCCGGACUCCCCUGCACUGGGCCUGCUCGCGGCGGCAGGCUAACGCCGUCGCCAGCUUGCUUCUCCACGGCUCCAAGGUCAACACGACGGAUAAUGUGAGUACCUUGGGCGAGGCGGGGAUAGGAGAGGAAGAUGCUGCCGAGGAAAUCAUAUGAGAUGUACAUUUGAAGGGGAGAAAGGUGGUUAUAUAUAUCAGGC